AUGGAGGACUCUUUGAUGGCCGGAUCCAAAGACUCCCAGUUGUCUCCACUGGCAUCCUCCAGCCGUCGCAACAAUGCCUGGCAUGAUGUGCUCGAGAUCUGCAAGAAGGGCUUCGCCAACAAGAUGAGCAGCAUGAGCCACGAGAUCCUUGGCGAGGUGCGGCUAGAAGUGGACCAGAGUGCGACCGCCUUGCGCAAGGACGUGGCUGGGAUGUUGGAGCAACGUGAGCGGACGGCCAACGACAAGCUGUCAAGACUGGAUGAAAAGAUGGACAAGGUGGUGGACUGGGCCAAGUGCGGCUAUGUCGACUUCAGCAAGUUUGAUUUCACUCCAGUGCUUGAUGAGAUUCGCAGCAGUGAGAUGCUCCAUGCGGAGAGCUCUCGGAUGCUUUCACAGCGCCUGGACGAGAGCCUCGUGCUGAUCAGCAACACCCUCGAGAAGUUGUCGAGCCAAUCGGAAGAAAAGGACAGCAAGCUCGAGAAGCUCCGCGACAGAGUCCAAGCCUCUGAAGAGAUUCUUGUCCAGGUGUCCGAAACGUUGCAAUCCAGCUCCAAAGACCUUGCUGAGAAGGUAGGGCAGUUUCAGGAGCAGGCUGGGACAAAGAAUCAAGAGUUUGCUUCGGAACUGGGCUUCGUAGCAGACCGCUUGCGCAAGCCUCUGCCGAUCGACGACAAGGCACUUCUCGAGCAGGUCCAGAAGCUCACGGAGGCACAGGCCGCGGACACGAACACGAUGCUGGGUGAGAUUGGGAAGAUCCAACAGGCAAUGAACCUAGACUUCGUGAAGACGGUGCAGGGAAAUGGCGAAGACUGGACGACUUCGUUUCCAGCCGUGGCUGUUGCGAUGGAUCCAACCAUGCAUUCCAUGAGCCCAGAAAUGCUUGGACUGAAAGGUGGCAAAGGCUCACCAGAAAAGCCGGAGAAAAAGCGUGUACGGGUGCGAGAGUUUUUUUCACAGACCGAUACGGUGGAGACGCAGAUAGUCGGGGUACAAACUGCGUCUUGCCUGAUGGAUGUCAAGAAGAAGGUUGUUCUCAGGCCGAGCAAAACAGCGAAAGCGAGCAAGAUGCAGAAGGACAUUACGGCCUCGAGGACUCGAGGCUUCACCGAUGCAGAUGCCCUGAAGAAGAAAGCCAGGCAAGCCUUGAUGAAGCCGCCGUACAACGUCAUGGACUAUUAUCGUGAGACUGGCAUCUUCCAGAGGAUCGCGCGAAGCACAGCCUUCGACUGGCUCAGCCUCUUUAUGGUUAUCCUGAAUGCUGGGUGGAUCGCUGUGGAUGCCGACCUCAACAGUGCAGCCGUUAUCACCAACGCCAGCCCACCGUUUAUUCUCGUUGAAAACCUCUUCUGCACGUACUUUUUUGCUGAAGUCUUCAUCCGCUUCAUGGCUUUUGCCGAGAAGUGGCGGUGUUUGCGGGACGGCUGGUUCGUUUUUGACUCGCUGCUGGUUUUUACCAUGGUCAUCGAAACGUGGAUAAUGCCCAUCAUCGUGCUGGGGUUCAACCUCGACUUGGCAAAUGCUCUGGACCUCUCAACACUGCGCAUGUUCCGCAUGGUAAAGCUGUUGCGGCUCUCGCGCAUGGCCAAGCUGCUCCGCGCAGUGCCUGAGCUUACGAUCAUCAUGAAAGGCAUCAGGCUUGCUACCAGGUCAGUUGUGGUGUUCUUCGCUCUCUGGAUGAUGAUCAUCUAUGUCUUCGCUCUGGUGCUCCGGCAACUCACCGAGGGCCAAUCAGUGGGGAGCCAGUACUUCGCCAACGUGCCGCAGUCUGUCAACAACUUGCUGCUUUACGGAAUUCUUCCCGAACAACGUGAAAUCGUGACCACGCUGGGAAACGCAGGCGCCUGGAUGUGGCCUCUGAUCCUGUGCUUCUUUCUCCUCUGUUCUAUUACCAUCAUGUACAUGCUGGUGGGUGUCUUGGUGGAUGUGAUCCGCGUCAUAUCAACUACUGAAAAAGAAGGCCUGACAGUGGCUUACCUGGCCAGCGAGCUUCGAGAUAAGAUGGACGCUCUCGGCUACAAUUCUGAAGAACCUCUGACGCAGUUCGAAUUCCAAAAGCUCCUUCUGGAGCCAGAGAUUGCCGUGAUCCUCUCAGGAGAGGGCGUGGAUGUCAUCGCUUUGGUCGACAGCUUGGACAUGAUCUACGAGGACCUCUCCAAGAACGGCAAGGACGGCCUCGACUUUGCUGCAGCCCUGGAGCUGCUGCUGAACAUGAGAGGGGGCAAUGCUGCCACCGUGAAGGAUGUGAAGGAACAGCUCCGCCUCACCAAGUCCCUGGUGAAGUCAACGCAGUGGACCCUGAUGGAAAAAAUGACCGCAGAGUUCGCCAACGUCCUGGCCCAGUUGAGGGAGCUGCGGGAGGAGGCACUCCAGAGAGAUGGCCGAGAAGCCGAGGAAGACGUGGAAUUCGAGGAGGUUGCGGAGUCCCUGAUGCCAAAAUCGGUGCGGGAGACGUACGAUACUCACAGAUUCAUAGCUUCCCUGGCCUCGUGCCAAAAUGGAGCGAAGCUGCCAGACGCGGAGUUCCACGACCAGGAGCGAGCCGGCGCUCCGCCCCGUGCACUCCAAGCUGCCGGGGAUCGCAGACAGAUCGACGUCUUGGCUCGAUGCCUCCGGUUGGCACCACCUCUCCUUCCCGGGCUCUACACCGAGGUGCUGCCGCGAUUGUUGGCCAAACUAGUGGGACCUUUGGCGUGGGACGAGGCUCCUCGGACACCGCGGGCGCUGCGGGAAACCACCGUGGACUUCGGUGAGCGCUUGAGCCAGCCAAAGCAGACGGUCAAAGUGGUGAACCCACUGAGCGCGACAAGGCCAAGGCUAAGCACUACCACACGCAUCCUCUCCUCUUCGGCCGAUUCGACCCCGUCCUUUUCCUUGGCCACUGUCCACUUCGAGAGGCCAGCAUCGAGCCCUGCAAGCGGAAGCAACGUCAGCGCAUCGGCGGAAAAAAAGCCCAGCUCAGCUCCCGUCCGCGUCGUCUCCCUGGAACGCCUCAAGGCGCUGGCGGAGCCGAAACGGCGCAGGAGCAAGUUCAUACGCGCCAAGAGCUUCGUGGGACCCGUCGCUGUCACCAAAAGCAAGAGCCCGAAACCGAGACUCCCCGCUCAGACGGAGACCGAUGCGCGGAGACCCACUUCUCGAAGAGAGCGAAGGGGGGAUCCAGGAAGCGAAGCACGGGAACCCAAAGACGCAGAGCUUCCCGAGACCAAGCCGCCUGCGCCCAACAGACCCACAGAGGAGGGCGACUCACAUGAGGAUUGCGCGCUACAGUCCACCAAGAACCACGAGGCAACGGAGGAGAAAUCUGAGCGCAGCUUUGAUGCCUCUCCCGCGAAGCUUGGUGGCAGACUAG